AUGUCAAGGCACCACCGAACUCGACUCACCGUCGUUAUUGUUAGAGGUUCACGCGCGACAGGAAACUACAACGCCGCAGAACACGCCUGCCUUACCAUGCGCGUGCCUGACUCGACAAACAAGAUGCCGCCGGACAAUAGGCGAGACUCCGGCGACGGCAAUCCGCGAGUGUCUGUUCACGUUGUAGGCCUACCGAUCGGAGCCCAGCUCUUCAACUCGCUCUGGAAAGAAAAUCGAGAUAGCGAUGAGCUGGUUACAGUAGCACACUACAACGGGGAGAAUUCAUUGGGAGAUGUAACAGAGAGUAAUGGUCAUUGGUAG